AUGGCUGCUCAGUCGACAGUCGAGUGUUCAGACAAUGGUUCAAUGAUCGAAACUCCGGAGCGGACCUGUGCUGCUCUGUGGAAGUCUGUUUGGCUCUCUCGCUUGACACUGAUGGGAAUUGGAUUGUUAUUCGCAGCACUUACGGUCGCCCUCCUGGUAUUGUGGAAGUAUAACAUGCAAUAUCGCGGCUUCGUUCUGAUCACGAGCAACCACUAUUCCUGGACAUAUGGACCAACCGCUUUACUCGUCCUCGUUGCAGCUCUGUGGCGGCAGAUUGAUUUCCACUGCAAGACUAUGGCGCCAUGGGUUGCCCUCAGGGAGAAGCCACAGAUGGGCUCACAAAGUAUGUCUCUGGACUAUAUCUCGCCGAUGCAGAUAUACAGUCUCUGGAAAGCUCUGAAAAAUAAACAUUUCAUCGUCAUGACCAGCAUUGUGGGCUUCAUGUUGUUGAAGGUCGUUACCCUGAUUUCGACAGGCUUGUUUAUAACGGUGCCGACUAUUCAACACUAUCCCAGCCUGGAUCUUAUUCAAUUGAACAGCUUCAAUGGAUCGGCCGUCAAUGUGACAUCAUUUCCUACGCUCAAUGACUCGUCGCUGGUUUACACAGCUUAUGGCAUCCUGGCCAGUGGGCUCAGCUAUCCCGAGGGAACUUCUGAAAGCCUUGUUUAUGAGACUUUCAUGCCGUCAAGUACGGACUCCUUGACCAACUUGAAAGUCACUACCACUGUGAAGGCAGUUGUUCCAGCAUUUCACUGCGAGUCGGCACCAGUCGGUGUAGACCCUAAUUUCCCGAACACCACAGAUGAGCAUCCGAUCCUGAGUCUUCAGCUCCAGUUUCCAGAGUGUCAACUUAUUGGAGGCGGACAGGGUGUGGAUGGUACCCCGGUCUACACUCUUAACCCUCAAACAUUCAAGUGCCCGGCUCGCCAGCUUAGCCCGCUCCUUCAACGGAUUAGUUGCUUCAACCAGACAGAUCCGAACACGCAGGACAAUUGGCAGCUCCUGACCCUCGCCGACAUCCGCUAUAACCAGACAUUGACCGGAUCAGACGAAACCGCGAUUGUUGGUGAAAGUGUUCAAGCGUCGUCCUGGGUCACGUCCAUUCCUGGGCUCACCGGCAUAGCAUGUCGGUCAAGCUACACCAUCGAGAGGGUCAAUGUCACAUACGAUUAUAGUCAAAAUCCUGUCAAAGUCACCAUCACUCGUCCUUCAGAGCCAUCGCAAGAGAAAUUAGAAGACUUUACCGAUUUUGAUCUUGGAAGACUGUUUACGGCGUCUUUGUCCGCUGCAGCAGAGAUGUUUGGCAACGUCUUGGACAAUGCUUACGCAGAAGAAUACCCGAAUACGAUGUUCAAAAUCAUGGCACAAGUAGCUGGUGGUGGGUAUGAGGCUCUUCUCGACGAGCCAACUAUGAUAAAGACUGCAGAAAAGGCAUUUCAACAGGUCGCAGUACAGAUUAUAAAGAAAAAUCUGGCUCAAGCUGUCAGUCUCCGGACCACAGGCCAAGCAUCAUACACUCAAGAGAGACUUCGGAUCAACGACGUCUCGCUCUGGUCUAUGGUUGGGGGUUUUGGGGUGAUGAUAGUGAUCGCCGUCUUUUUCAUCCUGACAAGAAAACAAGACGCUACACCUAGGGAUCCGACAUCGACUCUUUCCGCAGCUCUUAUUCUGAGACCAAACAAACUUCUGCAUGACGUUCUCCAGACCAGCGCUGGAUAUGAAGAGGAUCAAUUUGCGGCGAAUCUACAAAAUUACACUUUCACCAGCAGGAUUGCCAACCUGGAUUCCUCAGGCAGACAAUUUGUGGUAUCUGUGAACGGUUCUGUCCCAGAUAUUCAAAGCCCGAGGGAUGAUACAGAGCCAGGCUGGUGGCGGCCAUUGGGUGCGAAUCGAGCGUUUGUGUCUGCGGCAUUGGCUCUACCAGUAGCCAUCAUAGCGGUGCUCGAAGUGCUACAGCGCCAGAGUGAUCGAAAUUCUGGAAUCGCAUCGGUAUCGGACGUGGAAUCUUUACCCUCGAAGAUAUUUACUCGGUAUCUGCCGGCUCUGAUCAUGCUUUUGUCUGCGACCAUGUUUGACUCCCUGGAAUUUCUAUCGAUAGUCCUUGCGCCCUACAAUGCAAUGAAAGCCAACCGUCAACCAUCGACUCCUGUGAGUCGAUCUCUUGUUGGCUUGAUGCCUCUACACGCUCUUUGGACAGCGUUGCGAAGUCGAUAUUGGGGUUCGUCACUUGCCAUCAUUGCAGCGCUUUUAGGCAGUGUUUUGACCAUUGUCAGCUCUGGACUCUAUACUAUUGACUCUGUUCCGGUCACCUCACCCGUACAGAUCCAAAGUACUGAUUCAUUCAACACUACCUGGGGUAACAGUGUCUUGAAUGACAGCGGUGCUGCUGUUCUCACAAGCCUAAGCGAGAGCUUGAACCUCACCUAUCCACGAUUUACUCAUGAGGAGUUUGCCUUGCCUGGACUGCAAACAACGACAAGUCAAACAUCGGGGCCCGUCGACACCGACGCCAUGCUCAGUGUCGAGCUCCCUUCCCUUCGCGCCUCACUCAACUGUACCAGUUUCGGUCUGUCGCAGUUCAACGUCACCACAUCGUACAACCCCAAGGUCGGACCCGGUGCAACCGUCCGAGCAGUAGGCUCUCUCCCCGAACAAUGCCUCUUUGGUGGUCCCGGAGGGAAUCUAACCUCUAUCGAAUUUGAGAGAAGUUUCCAAUUUCCCUACACACAGAACCGGAGUUAUAUUGGCAAAAUACUGGACCUCCACGUAGGGCCUUUUGAUCCUGUUCAUGAGCUGAGCGAAGACGAGCUCUCGCCUACGACACAAAGGGAUAAUCCACCUGGGUGCCCGUCCCUCGGCUUCAUAUAUGGAUUUGUGGACGUAAACGAUGCCAGUCAGACAUCCGUGUCUGUGCUCAUGUGCGAUCAAAACAUGCAACAGCUUCCCACUACCGUCCACCUGACCCUUCCUGACUUGUCCAUAUCGUCAGAUUCACCACCCAUCCCCGAUGACACCGUCUCCAAGUUUCUGCCCAGUGGUCCCAGCGGCGAAACUGCCUUCUCUUACCGGCUUCAAACUCAUAUCGAUACAGAACUCUCGCUGUUUAAUCAAACAGAAUACGAUUCCAGCAAUCUCGAUCAAAGCACGGUCGACAGAUUCUUCCAGGGCGUGUUGUUCGGGAAAUACCCAAUACCACAGUCGUGGCUCGCCGAAUCUGGCCGCGCCACAGAAGUCAGGGCCUCGAUACAGGCUUUCUACCGGCGAUACAUGGCUCAGGCGAUAUCGGCGAACAUGCGGAUCCCCACUCUUGCGUCCGAAGCCAGGCUGUUCAACGGGUCUAUGACGGUCAAGAACGGCGUAUUGCGCGUGAAACAGAACAACGCCUCAAAGAUCACGCUCCAGGCCCUGCUCGGCACAAUGUUCCUCUGCGGUUCGCUUGCAAUGUUCUUGUCCACGACGAGGGAAGUCGUCCCGUACAACCCCUGCACCAUCGCAGGUGAUAUGGCUCUGUGGGCCGGGAGCAGGUUUUGUAGGGACCCUGCCGUCCACAAUGGCCCAGAUUGUGGCGACGUCCCGCUGUUGCCAAAGGAGGCAGAGUUCAUGGAUGACAAGACCUUGAUGCGGAGUGGAGUGUUGAAUGGUUGGGUCUUCAAGCUUGGGUGGUGGGAGACGGACGAUGGGAUUCGCAGAUACGGGAUCGACGUGGUAAAGAAAGAGGUCGACUGA